AUGGUACUGGAAGCCAUAAGAUAUGGCGAUGGUAAACUUUCCAUCAUUGACCAGCUGCAACUCCCAUUCGUGGAGCGUUAUAUCGAGAUUAGCACGAGCGAAGGUGGCUGGCAGGCCAUCAAGAACAUGCAAGUACGAGGGGCGCCUGCUAUUGCCAUUGUGGCGGCGCUCUCGCUCGCAUCUGAACUUCAUGAGCUUUCUGUACAAAAGAAAGUGCCUUCGAAUGCAGAAGAUGUUGGAACUUUCAUUAUCGAACGACUGAAAUACCUGGUAAGCAGUCGGCCGACUGCUGUUAACCUCAGUGAUGCCGCCCGCAAGCUAGAGGCUAUUGUCUCGGAAAGAUCUCAGAGGUCUAGAUCAACAGCACAAGACGUCGUGGACGCGUUUAUACAAGCCGCUGAAGCCAUGCUGGCAAAAGAUGUGGAGGAUAAUACGAGAAUUGGAGAAAAUGGUGCUAGAUGGAUAUCAGCGAACGCUCUAUCAACAGAGCAGCACAAAGCUAUCGUACUGACACAUUGCAACACCGGCUCUCUCGCAACAGCUGGCUACGGCACCGCGCUUGGUGUAAUACGCUCUCUCAUGUCUAGCGACACUUUGCAACACGCAUAUUGCACUGAAACAAGACCAUACAACCAGGGGUCCCGGCUAACCGCAUUUGAACUUGUUCAUGAUAAAAUACCGGCAACGCUAAUCACAGACUCGAUGGCGGCCGCUUUACUAUCAAGACCAGGGACUCGUGUCAACGCAAUCGUCGUUGGUGCAGACAGAGUCGCAGCAAAUGGAGAUACCGCAAAUAAAAUCGGCACAUACGGACUUGCAGUACUUGCUAGAUACCACGGAGUGAAGUUUCUUGUUGCUGCACCACUUACAACAAUUGACUUGGCCACCAAGUCUGGCGAUGAAAUUGUCAUUGAAGAACGACCGUCUUUGGAAGUAACGAAAAUAAAAGGGCUGCAGGAUGACAAUCUCACUGGAGACGUGAUAUUGGCCACAGUUGGCAUAGCCGCUGAAGGGAUUGACGUCUGGAAUCCGGCUUUCGAUGUCACGCCGUUUGCGCUUAUUGAUGGAAUAAUAACAGAGAAGGGCGUCGCAGAAAAAAACGCGGAGGGUCGGUUUCAAUUAAAAGAGCUUUUUGAUUGA